AUGAACACUGAGUUCUGUGUUGUCAUGCAAGCACGGCCAUUGAGAGCGAUGCUCCCUCUCCGGCGCCAGGCCCGAUGUAUAUGGAGUUCAUUUCCCUGCAUCGCGCACCCCACCUCCACAUACAUAUCUUCUUCUAGAAUUUCACUGGCAGUUCAUACAACACCAGGUCGGAGGUGCCUCGCAACACAAGCUAAACAGCUCGCCGCAGCCCCGCAGUCUGAUACUAAAAAAGAACGAGUUGUAAUUCUUGGAUCCGGCUGGGGUGGAUACACACUCUCGCGCAGGCUUUCCAAAAAGAACUAUGCGCCUCUCAUAAUCUCACCUCGGUCAUACUUUGUCUUUACUCCUCUCCUCACCAAUACAGCCAGCGGAUCCCUCGAUUUCUCAAACAUCGUCGAGCCCGUGCGUGAUCCGCGUGCCAAAGUCGAUUUCAUUCAAGCAGCUGCGCGUGCAGUUAACCUGAAAAAGAAGACUCUUCUUUGCGAAGCAACAGUCGUAAAGAGCGGUGUUACCGAGUCACCUCGCACAGCCGAAAAGGAGCGAAGAACCGAGGAAGGCCCGGAGACAACAAAUAUGAAGCCGAUGCAAGCGCAGCGUCAAUGGGAACAGGGAGAAACAUUCGAAGUACCCUACGAUAAGCUUGUUAUCGCGGUGGGCGCUGUGAGCCAGACGUUUGGAACACCGGGAGUGCGGGAGAAUGCAAUGUUCUUCAAAGAUAUCGGAGACGCAAAAAGGGUCAAGCGGCGCGUGCGGGAAUGCUUUGAGCUAGCAGUUCUGCCAUUAACUACCCCGGAGAUGCGAAAGUGGCUGCUGAACUUCGCGAUUGUCGGAGCAGGUCCAACCGGCAUCGAGCUUGCGGCAUCGCUGCGCGAUUUCAUCUAUUCUGAUAUGAUGGCGCUAUAUCCGAGUCUCGAUGAACUCCCAAAGAUCACCCUAUACGACGUUGCGCCCAAUGUACUUUCAAUGUUCGACGAGUCGCUUUCGCGCUAUGCGAUGGAGACUAUGAAGCGCGAGGGUAUUGAUAUUAAGACCUCCCACCAUGUCAAAAGCUUGCGCUGGGGCCCGCCUGGUGCACCUCCACCGUACCAUAUAGAUCCAAAGCGCUGUCUGACUCUCACAACGGAAGAGAACGGUGAAAUGGGCGUUGGAAUGUGUGUUUGGGCGACGGGCAAUGCCAUGCCCAAGUUUAUCACCGAAUCGCUCGAUUUAGUCGAAGAAUUCCCUACAGAUUCAGUCUAUAGCAUCGGGAGCUCCUCAAAGGAACCCGAAAAUUCCGGAAACGCAUCGUGGAAAUUCAAGAAAGCUCCUAAGAAAGGUCCUCUUCUUGUCGAUGGGCAUCUACACGUACAACUGCAAAACGAAAAAGGCCAAACAGCCGUCCUCCAGGACGUGUUCGCAUUGGGUGACAAUGCUAUGCCGGAAAAUGGUGCCCCUCCUGCAACGGCACAGGCCACUUACCAAGAAUCAAAGUGGCUAGCCGAUCGUUUGAACAAAGGUGACAUGGCUCACACUCCGCCGUUCUCUUUCCGUAACUUGGGCACGAUGGCGUACAUCGGCGACGAACGGGCAUUGAUGCAAAUACCCCAUAAGGGUGAUCGUGGUUCCAACAGUUUUCUGCCAGAAGGUAUCAAGGGACGAACCGCCUCGCUCAUUUGGAAGAUGGCGUACAUCAGCAUGUCCAUCAGCUGGCGCAAUAAAUUGCGUGUGGCUUUCCGGUGGAUAUUGAAUAGGUUCUUUGGGCGGGAUGUUUCGCGGUUUUAA